UUUCAAUUUCGGAGCCCGGCGCAGCGUGGCCGCCUGAUUGGCCAGCCGGGAGGAUGCCGGAGCUGCCCAUUGGUCGUCGAAGAUGCCGGCUCGGGCGCUCGGCUCCGCCCAGCGCCUUAAAUACCCAGCGGGUCGGCGGGCUCCCGCACAGCUGGCUCGGCGCGCGCGCGGGGUGGGAGCUGCGCUCGGUGGCGCUCCGUCCGCUCCCGUCCUGCCGCGGCUUGGCGGGGUCCCCGACGCGCCCCCCGGCUUUUUUUUGUGGGGAGUGGAGGGGGGGGUCAGCCAUGGCCUUCACCGUGCUGGGCCCGGUGGCCGCCCACGUGCUGUACCCGGAGCUGCGCCUGCUGUCGGAGGAGGAGGAGGAGGAGGAGGAGACGCGGAGCGAGAGCGACGCCUCGGAGCGCUCGUACGGCUGCUGCGAGGGCCGGGCCCGGGGCCCGGGCGGGCGCGGGCCGGUGGUGGUGGUGAAGCAGCGGCAGGCGGCCAACGCCCGCGAGCGCGACCGGACGCAGAGCGUGAACACGGCCUUCACCGCCCUGCGCACCCUCAUCCCCACCGAGCCGGUGGACCGCAAGCUCUCCAAGAUCGAGACGCUGCGCCUGGCCUCCAGCUACAUCUCCCACCUGGCCAACGUGCUGCUCCUGGGCGAGGGAUCCCCGGACGGCCAGCCCUGCUUCCGCGCCCUCUGCGGGGCCAAGGGCGAAGGAGGCGCGGCCGGACCGCCCCGCAGCAUCUGCACCUUCUGCCUGAGCAACCAGCGCAAAGGGGGCAGCCGGAGGGAGCUCGCUGGCGGCAGCUGUCUGAAAGCCAGAGGCGGGAAUCAGGUGAGGAUGCUGCGGCGGUGAGCCCUGGGCACCUGUCUGUCGGAGAAGCCAGCCAAAGGGAGAUCCGUGCCUUGGACCACCGGAUUUUGUUUUCCUGACUGGGACAGUUGGGGAUCAGAGAACCUGAUGGGUACAAAGAUGGGCUCUGGGAUCCGGACUCGGAGGAGGAAGAUUCUGUCGAUUGCAGCCAGGGAUCGGGUCUGCAACGGAGGGACCACGCAGCCCAGCCACGGACUCUGCUCGGACCUCAGGCAGACCCUCACCUGUUCCAGGGAGCCUGGCUGGAGCUGGAAGAACAAGGACGGGAAGAGGGCCAGCCCCGCUGGAUUGGGAGGGGGUCUCUUUCAAAGGACAGCCUCGAAACUCAGCUCCAGAUGUUACUUCUGCAACCUUCUCCAACAUCGUUUCCCGGCUCUUCCAGCUGCUGGCCCUGUUACUGACUGAGGGAUGUUUGGAAGUGGGAUUUUUUUUUUUUUUUGCAGGGCGAGUGGAGUGGAUCCGGGAUGGCGGAAAGCCGGGAGUUUGGUGGCAGUCGGUCCGAGACGAACGCGUCUUUGCUCAAAAGCAGAAGCUUUUGUGUGUGUGUGAGCUUCUCACGAAAGCUCCUGCUUUGGAAAGAAGACGUGUUUGUCGGGAAAAACUGCGCGGCCAGAUUCCCUCUGGAUCUGGCGUUGGAAGAGCUGGAAAAUAAAAAGAGAAGAAAAAAAAAAAAGACGAGGGGACGGUUGGAAGGCGACUUGACCUCGCUUGCUGAUCUAUGAGGUCACCGUUGUAAAGUUGUUUCCUUAUUCCACGGGCUUAAAAAUAAAAAAUAAAAGAUGUGUUUCCCCCCCCUCCCCUUAUCCCUGUGCAAUUCUU